AUGCAGUCUGAGAAGGGCCCGCUCGUGGGUGUAGACGAAGUCUACAAUUCCGAGGACAAUGACUUUGUUUCUAGCCACGCCUGGCACAAUAAGCGACAAAGAACUCGCCCCUGUUGGGCAAGAGCCCUGAGAAAAGGGCUGAGCGUCCUGGUGUUUACCGGCUUGAUUACCUACUAUUUAGUUCUUCCGAAUGUCUCUCCGUCAACCGAGAAGAACCCGUCCCAACACACCGACGCUUCCCCGCUUUGCCAGACACCAGAGUGUGUUCAUGCUGCAUCGGAGAUUUUGUACAAUCUGGAUCCCAAUUAUAAGGACGUAGACCCCUGCACCAACUUUGACCAAUAUGUCUGCGGCGGAUGGAGGGAACUCCAUGACAUGCGCCCCGACCAGGGGUCUAUUUUUGCAGGCACAAUCAUGGAAGAGAACGCCCAGUCCAAGCUGCGUCAUAUCCUGGAGCGUACAGAGCCGCCGCAACCAUCCGACGCCGAUAACUUCAAGAAAAUCAAGUCCGCAUACGAUGCUUGCUUGGAUGAAGCUACGGUCAGCAAGCGGGGACGCAAGCCUCUGACCGAUAUUCUGCAUGAGCUGAAAAGUAUUUACCCCGAGAACGCAGGUCUUGUGAAAGGAUCUCAGGAUAAUCUCACCAAAGCAAUUCUGUAUCUGAUGAACGCUGGUGUCAACGCUCUGGCCUCUUCUGGUGUUACUCCUGAUGAUCGAGACCCUGAUAAUGUUGUCAUUAUGAUCUCCCCUCCUCGGCGAAUUGGCCUUCCCGCACGAGAAUACUACAAUAACACGAAGGUCGUGGCUGACUACACAAACGCACUGAAGCAGGUUGUUGGAGGACUUGUCGGCGAUGGACUCGACAAACUUGCCGAGGAUGUUGUGGCUUUCGAGAAGAAGCUCGCGGAUGUCACACCAGACACUCAAACACAGGAAGAUGUCACCAAGUAUUAUAACCCUUUGAGCGUCAAGGAGACCGAAGCACUGAUUCCUGAGAUCUCUUUUGGUGAUAUUACCUCAUCUCUGGCGCCUCCGGAUUACAAAGGAGACCGUCUUAUUGUUGGAUCACCUUCCUAUAUGCAGGCCUUGUCUGGUAUCUUGAAAGACACGAACAGAGAGACCGUUCAGCUCUUCUUGCAGUGGAAGCUCAUCCAAGCAUUUGCGGACGUUAUUGAAGAUCCCGCCGUUGAACCACUUCGACGGUUCAAGAAUGAGCUCGCGGGCAAGGAACCGCAAGCUAAAGAAGAGCGAUGGCGUAAAUGUCUUGGGCGCUUGGAUGACGGGCUUCCAUGGAGUGUCAGCCGUUUCUAUGUGCUCGAUGCAUUCUCCGAGGCCUCGAAAAAGCUUGGUGACCAGAUUGUGUCUGAUAUCAAGGAGCGAUUCAUUUUCACUCUGGAUCAGACAAGCUGGAUGUCCCCGGAUGUGCGGAAACUCGGAAUCGAGAAGGUGGAGAACAUCGUCCAGAAGAUCGGAUAUCCCACAAAGAGCCCCAACUUGUUGGAUCCCGACGAUGUGAAGGAGUACUAUCGGGAUCUUGAAGUCUCGAAGGAUACUUUCUUUGAGAACGAGGUGGCUGUGGCGAGAUUCCAGCUUCGCGAGGAAUGGUCUAAGCUCGGGAAGCCCACCGAUCGUGACGAAUGGGGCAUGAGUGCACCAACUGUCAACGCUUAUUACAACCCACCUGGUAAUGAGAUCGUAUUCCCUGCUGGCAUCAUGCAGCCGCCAGCAUUCUACGGACCCACCGCUCCGUUGUACCUAGCAUAUGGUGCGUUUGGUGCCGUCAGCGGCCACGAGCUUUCGCAUGCUUUCGAUUCCACCGGUCGACACUACGAUGAGAGUGGAAACUACACCAACUGGUGGGACGACAAGACUGUCGAAGCAUUCGAAGACCGCGCCCAAUGCUUCGUUGACCAAUACUCGAAGUUUACCGUCACUGGGCCUGAUGACAAGAUCCUCCACGUGAACGGACGACUCACACUGGGCGAGAAUAUCGCGGAUGCCGGAGGUCUGACGGCCUCCUAUCAUGCAUGGAAGAAGCGCAAUGACGCUAAACCUGAUCUCCAUCUCCCGGGCUUGGAAGCGUUCAGCAAAGAGCAGCUGUUCUUCAUCGCGUAUGGCAAUUGGUGGUGUGGGAAGACUACAAAGGAGGCGGCCGAGCAGGCAAUCUACAACGAUCCCCAUGCGCCUAAAUCAGCUCGUAUUAUUGAAACAAUGGCCAACUCGAGGGAGUUUAAGGAUGCCUUUAGUUGCCCAGAGAAGGAGCCAACCUGCAAGCUCUGGUAG